AUUUUGCAAUUUCGUUAGCACUGUAAUGAAACUCGAGCAUCAUGAUGGUGCUAGUAAAGCUUGAAAUAAAUCUGAAAAUGUACAUACAUGUUACUGCUGCAAGAUACCGAAUAUAAACGUAUAGUUCGUACAGAUUACAAAAAUAUUUAGACAGUCAAGUAUUUAUUGUACUAGUAAGAAUCAAUUCAGUGAGACAAGAUGAAUAUUCGCUUCUAGACGUAUACUAAUUUCUUACUGAAUAUGUAUAUGUUAGUAAUAAAUAUCUUAUAACUUAUAUGUGCAUUUUCAGAUUGAUUUCAAAUUUUACGAAUAUAAUUAUGUGUUUCAUUAUAGCGCUAAUAAAACUGCAGAACAUUUUAUGUAAGGAUCCAAAUACUUUCGUAAGCCACUGUACUUCUGACUGCGUUUUACACUGCCUUUAUACAAGAAUUUGAUAUUAUCAACGGACUUAUUUUGUAUUGUAUAUCCACGGAUUAAAACGCGGAGAAUUAGACGAUGACUCAAGGAUGUAAUUGUCUGCUUGUUAUACUUUAUUUUCGAAAGAAAAAUAUAUACAGAUUUAUGUAAUAUUUCUUUCAUAUCCCUUUUUAUGAAAAUUCUACUUGAUCUCUGGAUAGUCAGAAAUCAUAUUUAACUCGUUGAUGUUAUUUAUUCACCGUGAAUAAUUCUCUCGACACUUAUUACAGAUUAUAUAACUACCAUCAACUAUUGCAAUUAUACAUGGCAUGUGUAAGCACAUGCAUUGUAGAAAUCGUUGUAAUUAUCUCUUCUGAUACAAAUCUAACACGGUUGUCACGCAUAUAUUGUCAAACACACAAGUAUUUAAAGACAAAAUACUUAAAAGUGAACGUAUAAAAGGUAAGACUAACAAUCGUACAAUUAGUUUAGUCGGUUCCUUACUUCGCGAGGAGAUUCAACAUAAGUUUUGAAACAUGAAGAAUUCAGCGUUUCUUGCCUCGUUUAUCCUCUAUUGGGGUCUUUUCAGUCAAAAUGUAAUUGUGUUACACGCGGAACGUCCACCUUUUCCUCCCGAAAUAAUACAUGAUUGUAUGGAUCGUGAAAACAUAACAACUAAAGAAUUGAUGAUACUUGAUAGUUUACCGAUUGAGACAAUUAAAUUACUAGGCAGCAAUAGAGAAGACUUCAGAAAUAUCGGAUGUUUCUUAGCUUGCGCCUUCCAACAACAUGGCGACAUGUUAGGAUAUACUAUGAAUUUACAAACAAUGAUGGGUCGUAUGCACGGAAUGCAUCACGGUCACAUGGACGCCAAUCCGUCUUUCGCUAAUGUCUUGCAAACAUGUUCAGAUUCUGUUGGAGGAACAGACGACGAAUGCGAAGCGGCUCUUACCUUCCACGUGUGCUUGAUGGAAGCUUUCCAUAAUAGAUCCUAAAUCAAUUUAUAUUUUAUCUAUUUGGACGUAUCUGCUGCGAUAAUGGCAACUUGUUAAAAAUUAUUUAAAUUAGUAAACUAUUUAAUUAGCAAGUAA